CAUCACUGCUCCUGUCACCAUGAUCCUUUCCAGCCAGCAGGAUGCAGCCUUUGCCUUCGCCUCUCUCGCCAUAGUUUUCUCCUCCUAUAUUACUCUGGUCGUGCUCUUUGUGCCCAAGAUGCGCAGGUUGAUCACCCGAGGGGAAUGGCAGUCCGAGGCACAGGACACCAUGAAGACAGGGUCGUCCACCAACAACAAUGAGGAGGAGAAGUCACGGCUGUUGGAGAAGGAGAACCGUGAGCUGGAGAAGAUCAUUGCUGAGAAAGAGGAACGAGUCUCUGAACUACGCCAUCAACUCCAGUCUCGGCAACAGCUCCGCUCUCGGCGUCACCCCCCAACGCCUCCAGACCCAUCUGGGGGCCUUCCCAGGGGCCCCCCUGAGCCCCCUGACCGGCUUAGCUGUGAUGGGAGUCGAGUCCAUUUGCUUUACAAGUGAGGGGGUAUCAGGAAGGACCAGCCAGUAGGGGGAGGGGAAGGGUGUGGGAAGAGGGUGGGGGU